UUUUCAUUAUUUUCUACUUUUAUGUAUUUUUCAACAUAAUUUUUAUUUAUUACGACUGUUGCCUUUUUCCAGCCAGCCUAUAUUUAAUUUUUUGGCGCCGAUAGCGACAGGCUUUAUUUUUAAUUAUGGCGAACAACGAGUCACUCUCAGUACAGAGCACAUUAGUCCCUUCAACAAAAGCAGAUGUAAUUGCGUUUUACAUCUCGCUUAGCAUCACUCUGGCUUCAUUAUUCCCGCUUGGCUAUGCCGUUUGGUUUAGAAACUUUCCUCCUAUAAAGGCACAGCAAGUGAGCAUGACGGUUGCAAUUGGGAUUGGUAGCAUCGUCUUCAAUAUUUGCAACAGCAUGAUACAGGGUAUGGUUGGAUUCAACGGUGUACUCGGACUGUGCAGACUCUGGGGAGCCUGGGGUCUAUUCACAUUUGGUUUGGGUGUGCUUUUAUCCGCUAUCAACAUGCGCAUGGUACUAUUCUACCGCGUGUUUAUCACCGUCAAUUUGACGGCUCGUUCAAACAGCAAGAUCGUCAACUUUUUCCGCAAGUUCUGGCCGUUUUUUGCGUUAUGGGCCCCCACAAUAGUCACCAGUAUUGUGAUGUCGUCGCUCAAGGGUCAGCAAGGAGUAUGGCUUUUAGAUGAUCAGAAUUCGCGCGACUGCAUAUUUGCCAACGGGUACUUGUACUGGAUUUACGCGUAUUUUAUUCUUUCGAUAGUUCUCUCUUGGGUGAUCUAUCUCCGCAUGCGCAGGGUUGCCCGGGUAUUUAAUGGUUUUCGUACGGUUAUUUGGACAGUGGUCAUUGCCACAGUUACCCUGGCCGUCAGCAUAGUCAUCAAGUUUGUCAAGGGCUCAAAUUCACCCUGGGGCAGGAUUGCUAUUGGCCUGACAAACGCAAUCUUGCUCAACGGCUACAUCUGGUUCAUGUUUGCUCCACCAGUUAUUGGACAUAUUUUUUGGCGCGAGCAGACCAUGCGCGACUUUAUGAACACACUCCAUAAGGAUAGUCUGAUUGUUCGGCAAAAGCGCAGCGUGGAGAUGCAGUCAGGACAAUUCAUAAGAUCAAAACACGAGUUUUGCGCAAGCUCAACUUACAGCAACCAGGGGUCAUUCAACGAUGACAUUCUCAAGCAAGAAGAAAACAUGGAGGCUCCCCAGUUUGAGCUGCAUAAUCCCAUGCCCGUGUUUGAGAGCGACCCUCGGCGAACACUCUAGUAUUUUUUGUUUUGAAAAUACAAACGUAAUAAUGGUUUGAACUUUUAAUUCCUUGCAAUAUAUUAAGCAGCUAUUCAA